AUGCCUAGUUGGACAGGCACAUCUGAUACCAACGCCACGGAGCAUCCUCGAACGUUCAAAGAAAAGGUCGUCACCGUUGCUGGUGCAAGCCGGGGCGUCGGUUUGGCCACUGCAAAGUACGUGCUUGCAAGGGGGGCCUUCGUACUGAUAUCCAGUUCCUCAGCUGCAAACAUUGCAAAAGCCCGAGCAGAAAUUCCUGAGAUUCCAAAUUGCGAGGAUCGCGUCCUGAAUUUUAUUUGCGAUAUCACCAAGCUCGAGCAGGUGGAGGCAUGGAUCUGGGAGACGGUGAAGCGAUUUGGUCGGAUUGACUGCUGUGCCAAUUUAUCUGCCCUAGAGCACUGGCGGGACGUUGUCGAUGUCAACAUGACGGGCAUGUUCCAUCUUCUCCGGGAACAGCUCAAAGUAGUGUCUGAUAAAUAUGCGUCUUUCGGACAAGGCGCGUACAUAGCCUCUAAACAUGGCCUCAUGGGUCUUAUCAAGGUUGCCGCAUUUGGGGCCGCGUCAAAGGGCAUUCGUGUGAACGCGAUUAAUCCAGGGAUCCGCACCGAAAUGCUUGCAAAACCCUUCAUCCAACCCGAUGGGAGUAAAUUCAUCUCAAGUGGGGAGAUGCUACCUCAGCUGUUCCGUCGGCUGGCGGAGCCAGAAGAGAUUAUCAGCGCGAUUUGCUACUUUCUGAGUGACGACGGCUAGUUCGUGACUAAGACGAUCUGGGACAUUGACGGCGGAUUCAUUAAGUCUGAUUAUACUGCGUAAUCUGUCGGUCUUCAGAGAAGAGCAUCAAGGUGGGCAAUGAUGCGAGUGUCUGAUUAUGCACGUGGUUCAACGAAACAAAAGUAGCGAGGUAGUCUGCGAAAACUUACAAUCUAGGUCCCUAAACCUUCCAAGGGUUGAGAGUGUUGAU